CGAAAAAAUCGUGGCGGGCUGGGUGGCGGCCCACGCCUGACACGAGCUACCGGGUCGGUUCAGCAUGAGUCUGAAGAACUUCGGGCUGGGCUGAGCUAGGUUCGAGAGAAAAUAGGGCUUCGUGCUGGGCUAGCGGGCGCGGGCUGUAUGGACAUCUGUAGAACCGGCCGGCUAAUCCCUACCUUUUGUGUGCGAUUUAAAUAAAAGAAACGGUAAUGCUUCGGAUCAUGCGUCCGACGUGAGUGCGAGUCGUUUCGUCGGACGGUUUUACCGUGGAGGCCCAGUUACCCUACCUGCCCACACGUCCACACUUGUGGCUAAUUAUUUUCAAACAACAUGGCCUCUCUCCCAUCCACAAGACUACCUAACACCAGACGUUCUUAUCCAUUCAGCCGGUUUCUUCCCAUCCUCUUCGCAAAUAGCACCAUGACGGUACGGAGGUCAUGGCAGUCCACCUCCCUGGCUCCCUUCCCAUCUCCUUCCUUGAUGUGCCAAGUCAAGGUCCGGUUACUUCGCAGCCUAUCCAUGGCCGGCUGACCGCCCUAUCGCCUCCGACGGGCGGUGGGAGAUCCGGGGCAGUGGCGCGCGAGGCCGACAGAGGCGAAACUAACAGCGGGAAAUCCAGGGCGGCAGUGCGCGAGGCCGGCGGCGGGAAAUCCGCGGUAGCGAGUAGCGAGCCCCGCACGAGCGGCGGCGUGCGAGGCCGGCGGCGCAUGAGGCGAACUUUACGCUCUCGACUCCAUGUUGCAUUAGAUGAUCCGGAGAAGAAACCCAAAACGAUAGUCGAUGUGGGAUGUGGAAUUGGUGGUAGCUCAAGGUACUUGGCCAAGAAAUACGGGGCGCAGUGCAAGGGCAUCACGUUGAGCCCUGUUCAAGCUGAAAGAGGGAACGCUCUCGCUGCUGCGCAGGGGUUGUCGGACCAGGUUUCUCUGCAAGUUGCUGAUGCUUUGGAGCAACCGUUCCAUGAUGGGCAGUUUGAUCUUGUAUGGUCCAUGGAGAGUGGCGAGCACAUGCCAGACAAAAGGAAGUUUGUUAGUGAGCUGGCACGCGUGGCGGCUCCUGGAGGGACCAUAAUCAUCGUGACAUGGUGCCAUAGGAACCUCGAGCCAUCUGAAACCUCGCUGAAACCUGAUGAAGUGAGCCUCCUCAAGAGGAUUUGCGACGCAUACUACCUACCGGACUGGUGUUCACCGUCAGACUAUGUGAGCAUUGCCAAGUCGCUGUCUCUGGAGGGUAUCAAGACAGCUGAUUGGUCAGAGAACGUGGCCCCAUUCUGGCCGGCCGUGAUAAAAUCAGCACUGACAUGGAAAGGCAUCACCUCCCUCCUAACAAGCGGAUGGAAGACGAUAAGAGGGGCGAUGGUGAUGCCGCUGAUGAUCCAGGGCUACAAGAAGGGGCUGAUCAAGUUCACCGUCAUCACCUGUCGUAAGCCCGGAGCAGCGUAGGAGGACAAGCUACUGUCGCGGCGGCUAUGUUCAGUGCUAUAACGCAGAUCUCUGACGAGCAAGAAGCCGCCCCGUCGACGUCUACUUACCGUGUACGAGAAUCGACAGACCUACGACUUUGUGCCCAUCAGCCCGUGUCAAAUAAUUUUUCCAACACUCGUCGAUAUAUUUCAAGUUCACGCUUCCACGUGCC